AUGCAGGGAGGCGGCCAGGGUCCCUCGACUGCCGAGUACCAAGUACAGCGGCCGCCGAGUGACAAGCCGUUGGCGCAGGCCGAUCCCUCCUGGCCCGGUCUCAUUGUGUCUCGUUGUGGUGGCCGGAUGUACUGCGCGCGUACUCGGUACCGGCCAUUGCUCACUCGUAUCACUGCUAGCCCGUCGAGAUGGACCCCCGGAGGAGCAGAACAGCAGCUCAGGCGUGACUAUCAGAGCCGGGGAGGUCCAGACGCAGAAGCAGUAGCUCUUCGUAUUCUACUAUUACUUGGCCGACAGUCCGCGUCCACUGGCGGCGGGCUGUACUCGGAGGUAGCGGUACCCAGCCAGCCACGCGUGGCUCGAGGCCCAGCCAGCGAUAACAGGCGCCAAGGACGAACAAGAAUACAGGUGUGGCUACUGCGGCAACGUGGUGCAGCGGCCGGCGCCACACAAUUCUAA